UCUUUUGACUCUUGAGUCCACUAUGAAACAGCUGUCAGCAGAAACUAUUCGUCUCAUUUCAAGUUCUCACGUGAUUACAUCAGUUGUCAGCGUGGUGAAGGAACUUACAGAAAAUUCUUUGGAUGCCAGUGCCACAGAUAUUUCUGUUAAACUGGAGAAUUAUGGGUUUAACAAAAUCGAAGUAAGGGACAAUGGCAAUGGAAUCAAGGUUGCUGAUGUCCCAGUUGUGGCAAUUAAACACUACACCUCAAAAAUAAGCUCUUCUGAGGACCUUGAAACUUUGACAACAUACGGUUUCCGUGGGGAGGCCUUAGGAUCAAUCUGCUGCAUAUCAGAGGUUUUGAUCACAACAAAGACAGCUGAUGAUGACUUCAGCAUUCAGUACGCCUUGGAUAGCAAUGGGCACAUAACUUCUAAAAAGCCUUCCCAUCUUGGGCAAGGUACUACAAUAACGGUUCUAAAGUUGUUUGGGAAUCUUCCUGUAAGAAAGCAGUUCUACUCAACAAAUAGAAAAUGUAAGGAAGAACUGAAAAAAGUCCAAGAUCUACUGACAGCAUAUGGUAUCAUAAAACCAGACCUGAGGAUAACCUUGACACAUAAUAAGGCAGUUAUUUGGCAGAAGACCAGGGUGUCAGAUCACAAAAUGGCCUGUAUGUCAGUUCUGGGAAGAGCCGUUAUGGGCAGUAUGGUACCUUUUCAACACUCCUGUGAAGAUCCUGAGAUAAAUCUUUCUGGAUUUCUCCCAAAAGCAGAGUCAGACAGUUCUUUGACAAGCCUUUCAAGUUCCGAAAGGAGUUUCAUUGUUAUAAACAAUCGUCCAGUUCUUGAGAAGGAAAUACUUAAGUUAAUUCGACAGUACUACAGUCUGGUGACGCACAAGGGCUGUACUCGUUUAUAUCCUGUUUGCUUUUUGAAUAUUACUGUCCCUGCCUCUGCAGUGGAUGUGAACUUAACACCUGAUAAAACUCAAGUUUUACUGCAUUAUAAGGAAUCUGUCUUACUUGCUGUUGAAAACGUGUUGAAAUCACUGUAUGGGCCACUACCUGCUGCAGUCCCUGGUGAAAGUAAUAAAACAGAUGUUACCUCAGAAGACAUUGUUGUUCAUAGAACAGAACAAACAGAUGUGGUGGUUAAUGAAAUUGGACCAUCUGGAAACGAUGAUCUACAUGCUCAUACUUCAUUCCUUUCAUUCAGCAGUGAUGUGCAAAACUGUCAAGCGGGAAAAACCACAGAGAUCUGCUUAAAUCGUCAGACGUUCUAUGGUGAUAAUGUACAUAGUCGCCUGGACAAAAAAGAGGUGUCUGGGAGUGAUGCCUUUCCAGACAGUUCCUUGAAUUUAUUGUGUGAGGAGGAACAGAAUGGACAGAACACGACCAAUAUUGAAAGUAACAGUGUUCCCAUGGACCCCAAGUCUAAGAAGUCCAAUGAGCAUCUCUUGACUUCUGAUAAUAAUGAUGAAGUAGAAAAAAAUGAGGAAGCCUUGGUCCUGAAAGACUUACCUGAAAUCUCUGCUGAUAAUUGGAGUAUGGGAAGUGGAUUUAAAAACCAUACAGGAGACAACCUGGAACCUGUUAAGAUUUUAAUUCCUGAAGUUGGAAGAACAAUUAAUAAGCAAAGUGAACAUACUGGUGAACAAAGCAAUGAUCCACAGAUCUCAAAUCAAAGCAUAAAUAAAAGAAAUGUGAUAAAUGAUAAAUUCGGACAUGUGAUGGCUUAUGACUUAAUUAGUAGUAGAAUAAUAAAGCAACCAAAGUCUGCACUUGGAUUUUUCACUCAAGAAUUGCGUCCAAAAUUGAUAGCUGAUAAUCCAAAGACCAAAAUGGAGGACAUCCUGCUGGCAAUUGAAGAGCAGUGGGAGAAUUUGCAUGAUGUCGAAAAAAAGAAUUAUGAAAUAAAAGCUGCUAAAGACCUGGAACGGUACAACAGAGAGGUCAAGAAAGCCAUGGGACAGACAGUGCACCAGCCAACAAAGGAGGCAGAAAAACGGAAACCCAAACCAAAGACGACCUCACCCAACCAGCAGAAGCUUAACAAGAUAUUUCAGGUUCAAGCUGAGAAGAAGUGCAAAGCUGAACAGGCUAUGAAAAUUGUGACAGUGCCUUUUUCUCUGAGUUCCUAUAGAUAUCAGCUUCAGAGACAGGAGAAAAAUGAUUCAGACGAACACAAACUUUUCCUGAUACGCCGUCAGAGUUUUCCUGAUGUCUGGAUAUUUGCUGCUGAAAAAAAGCUAAUGUUGCUGAAUCCAUAUAGACUGGAAGAAGCCCUGCUGCAUAAAAGAUUACUGAUGAACCAUAAGCUUCCAGUGGAGAAAUUGGAUAAGCCAAUUGUGUUAACCGACAGCCUUAUUGGUGGAUCUCAGUAUAUGGCUGCUCUUUAUAAAAUGCAGAAGAAUUACCAGAGUUUCAAUGGAUCAGGUUAUUUGUCAGAUCCAAGGCUUGUAGCAAAUGGAUUCCAGAUAAAAGUGAUAGAAGGUGCUUCAGCUAUGGAAAGUCACCUGGAAAUAGAAGGGAUGGCAAAUUGUCUGCCGUAUUAUGGUAUUUCUGAUUUGAAAGAAAUUCUGAAUGCAGUAGUUAAUGGAAAUGCAAAGGAAGUAUAUGAAUGUAGGCCUCUCAAAGUGAUAAAUUACUUGGAGGGAGAAGCAGUACGUUUAGCUCGCCAGCUGCCCUUACAUUUGUCAAAAGAAGAUGUACAAAACACAAUUUACAGGAUGAAGCAACAGCUUGGAAAGGAAAAUAAAGGCUGUGUUCAUGGUCGUCCUUUUUUUCAUCACUUAACAGAUAUUCCAGAAGUUGACAAGCACAACUCCACGGAAAUUAUUCAGUAAAUGGAACAUUUUGUUUGGGAUCCUAUUUCUCUUACUUAAUUUUGAUCAUUCCUCUGUAAUUUUGGUAUGCUUUGUGCAAGAUAUUUGUAUAAUGACUUUUCAUUGUAUAUUUACCUCCUAGAGAAUUUUUUAUUUAAAUUCAAAUGCUGUUUGAAAACUGCAAAUAAAUACUGUAAAGAAGCAACUCACCACUAUUUUUUUUUUUUACAGAAUUUAUUCAAGAAAUGUUCUCAA